AGAGUUACAAGCUCCUUAUUCUUCUGGCUUGACUUACUGAAGAAAGAGUUGGACUCAAUGAGCAACCCUAGGCACCUAGGACCUAAAUGUUAGAUUGAGCCUAGAACAACUGAACUCAGCAGGCCUAACAUCAGUUUCAGAGCAAAUAAAUACUUUGAAAUUUAUAUGGACCAGACAGUUGCUGCAACACAUUACGGUGACUCCACAGACAGUCAAGUGUCCAGCCACCUGUUCGCUGAACAGGACAGUCUUGGAGUGUACGAAAUGCCGAUAGCAGAAAAUGUCAACCACAACUACUUCGUGGCCCGUUCGGUUUACUCUGAAAAUAGUUUCCUGGAGGAAAAUGAGAAGAAGGAAAAGGUCCCGAAAACUAUGCGUGACCGACUGGCCAAGAGGUGCAGUUGCUCAGCUAAAAGGGUCCUGGGUAUAAUUAAAGGCUUUAUUCCCGUAUUGGACUGGUUGCCCAAGUACAGAUUGAAGGAAUGGUUACCUGGCGACAUUAUUUCUGGGCUGAGCACUGGCCUGGUAGCAACACUACAAGGUCUUGCAUUUGCCCUGUUGGCUGAAGUCCCUGUUGGCUAUGGUCUCUACUCAGCAUUUUUCCCCAUUCUACCCUAUUUCUUCUUGGGAACUUCAAAGCACUUAGCUGUCGGACCAUUUCCAAUUACCAGUUUGAUGAUAGGGUCUUUGAUUUUAUCAAUGGCACCUGAUGAAAAUUUCCUGAUUUCAAGUAACAUGACAGAUCUCAAUACUACAGUUGUGGAUACCAUUGCCAGAGAUGGCCGGAGAGUCAUAAUUGCAUCCUCAGUCACUGUUCUUGCUGGCAUUAUCCAGCUUGUGCUUGGGAUUCUGCAAGUUGGUUUCAUUGUUCGAUACCUCUCCGUCCCAUUAGUGGGAGGAUUUACGACAGCUGCUGCGUUUCAUGUUUUUGUCUCUCAAUUGAAAAUAUGCUUAAGCGUCCCAACAAAGAGUUACAUGGGCAUCCUCUCUGUCAUAUAUACUCUUAUUGAUAUAUUCCGUAACAUUCGACAAACCAAUAUUGCAGACUUCAUUGCUGGCCUGAUCACCUUUGUCGUGUGUGUAAUUGUAAAAGAAAUCAACAAUCGUUUCAAAGAUAAGAUUAAAGUGCCUAUUCCUAUCGAAGUGAUUGUGACUAUAGUAGCUACAGGGAUCUCCUAUGGUACUAAUUUGGAACAGAAGUAUAAUGCUGGAAUCAUUAAAAGCAUUCCAACAGGAUUUCUACCACCAGUGUCACCAGAUGUGAACAUCUUUUCUCAAGUGGGAGCAUCGGCAUUUUCCAUUGCAAUUGUGGGAUAUGCUGUGGCUGUUUCAGUCGCUAAAGUAUUUGGCAGCAAACAUGACUAUCCCAUUGAUGGAAAUCAGGAAUUCAUUGCUUUAGGAAUUUCCAACAUUUUUGGUGGCUGUUUCUCAAGCUUUUUGGCAGGCACUGCUCUGUCCCGGACAGCUGUACAGGAAAGCACAGGCGGCAAAACUCAGAUUGCUGGGCUUUUAACUGCAGUAAUUGUGAUGAUUGCCAUCCUGAUAGUUGGAAAACUACUUGAACCUUUGCAGAAGGCUGUAUUGGCAGCAAUUGUCAUUGCCAAUUUGAAAGGAAUGUUCUGGCAAACCUUUGACAUUCCAGUGUUGUGGAGACAAAACAAAGUUGAUUGUCUAAUCUGGAUUGUGACAUGGAUUGCAGCCAUCCUUCUGGGACUAGAUUUGGGGCUUUUAGUUGGUGUGUGCUUUGAACUUCUCACUGUUGUGCUUAGAGCCCAGUUCCCUGCUUCAGCUGCUUUAGGGAAUGUACCAAACACUGACAUUUACAAGAACUUAAAGAAAUACAAAAAUCUUGUUGAGCCAUCGGGAGUGAAGAUCUUCAAAUUUUCUUCUCCUCUAUUUUUUGGAAGCGUUGAUUAUUUUAAAGAGAGAAUCAAUUCUGCGGUUGGAUUUAAUCCCGUUCGAGUGUAUAAUAAGCGAACCAAAGCAUUGAAGAAGAUUCAGGCGCUUAUAAAGAAGGGUCAGUUAAAAACAACAAAGGAUGGCAUUGUAACUGAUGGAAGUGUUUCUAAUGAGGCUUUUGAAGAUGAUGAGGAAGCUCAAGAAGAACAAGAACAGGAUGUUCCAACAAAAGAAGUGGAAAUUCAAGUUGACUGGAAUUCCGAUCUCCCCAUCAAAGUCCUGGUUCCCAAAGUUACCAUUCACAGCCUUAUUUUUGAUUUUAGUGCAGUGUCAUUCAUGGAUCUUGUAGGAGUCAGAAUACUUAAAAUGGUUAUCAGACAAUUUGAACGAAUAGGCGUUAAGGUGUAUUUGACAGCUUAUGACGACCACAUUGUGAAGAAAAUGGAGAGCUGUGGCCUUUUUGAUGACAAUGUUAAAAAGGACAUCUUGUACCUCACAGUUCAUGAUGCUGUUGUUUACGUACAUACUCAGACUAUGUAUAAAGAUAUACAAGAUCCUAUUUUUGAGAAGAUAUCACUCAUGCAAGAAUCAAAACAACCAAUUCCAUUGUCAGAGCUGGAAGAUGAUGUGGAAGAAUUAGAAGAUCAGAAUCAGGGUCACAGUGGAUUCAGCUAUUAAAGCACAUCCAUCCAGAUGUUCCUAAAUGAUGCAAAUUCUCUGGCCAUACAUGCAUGAUGAUUAUUCAGCAUACUGUUGUUACAAAUUGCAGCUUCAAUGCUGUUUUCCAUACCAUGCAGCUAUUAUGCUAUUAUACAGUUAAGAGUAUAAAUGAUCUUCAGUAAAAUUUAUAUAAUUCUCAAUCUAUUUUUAUGUACAUAAAAUGUAUGGCGAUUUUAACCUUCUUAUUCCUGCAAUGGUGACUAUAUUUUUUUGUCUCGGAAUUAAAGUUAUCAUUGUUUUAUGGUUUAAUGGGCACCAUUUUGUACAGAUACUAGGGGUGUGAUGACAUUAACAAGCAAAGAAUAGCGCUGCACCAUGGAAUAGCCUAAAAUAACCUGCGGUUAUGUCUUAUCCAUCAGUUAGACCUGUAUCAUGCAGGCCACCACAGAUUGCCACUGUCCAGUUUGCAUUGUUUAUUUUCUUCCGACAUAAUAACAACUGCAUUAUUUUUUCUUUUAACGCUCUCGAAGUAAUCUUUUUUUGUGAUAGUCCAACACUUCUCCAUGUUUCCUACAAUAUCAUGAAGGUUCUCCAUCUUUGUUAGAGUACUUGUAGCAGAAGACCCUUUUAGGCCACACUAGCAAGAUGUCAAAAUGAACCUUUACAGUGGCACUGAACCAACAUUAACCCUAAGUGUAACAUUUAAACAACCGUAUCUCACCAGACUCCGAACACUUAUCCUCCAAAAGCUAAUUGUUAUCUCUGUGUUAUCAGUUUACUUGAUAUACGCUAAGGGUGAAAUUUUCUCAGUCCCACAGAUACGACUGGAAGCAAAAUUAGAGAUGAUCUCAUUGGAGUGGCUCGCCAAAACAAUCCUGCCUCUGAAUGGUGUUGUUGAAUGUGAAGUCUAACUGGCACCAGCUUCAGUGGCUAAUUACUAGGCUCAAUUAAAUGCCCACUUGGGAGCAAAUUGGUGGCGCUGCUGGGAUCUUCCUGGCAGCAGAUGGUCCCCAGCUGAGACUGAAGUGUGUUUAGUGGCUGGAGGUGGCCUCCCAGCAGCAGGCCAGUGAGGUCUCCUUUUACUUCCCACCCACCCUUCUGGUGAGCCUGUUUCCAGAGGAUUGUAGCUGUGGCCAUAGGCCAUCCCCUGGAGGGGUCACCAUCCACAAUGAUGGCCUGAAAGCUGUGGCCACACUUUUUUUGCUCAUUUACAGUUCGUUAGACCUCUCAGUCUUCUCCUUACAUCAAUGCCCACCUAUCCCUGUGCCAGCUAGAAAUCACCCCAGGCCCUGUGAUUGAGUCUGUAGGUUGCUUGAUCUGCUCGCUGUUUUUAAUUGGACAAGGCUUUAGAAGGAGGCUUCUUAAUUUGCUACCCCAUGGAAUGUCACUACUGACGUCCCACAUGUCCAGGUUCCUGAUGAUAGUUGACUCAUUUAUCUCUGUAAAAUCCAACCUUAAGUCCUUGGUUUUAUAAAAAAAAUUCCAAAGCCAAAUGCUUUUCUGCACAGCAUGUUCAUUGGAUUGUUCAGAUAUUUUCUAUCAGAACUGAAUUCAAAGCACAAUAUAACACAAAAUAUAUAUGCGGAACAAUGCUGGGUAUUAGAAAACAAUAUUAUGGAAUUAUUGAAUUUUAACCAGAUAUCUAUGAUAUUUUCUGAUUCUUGUUAGAAUUUUCAAAAAAUGCUUAGUAACCCUUGCAGGGUUAAUGUGAUUCUUUCUGUUAGUGAUUUUUGUAGUUCUCCUCGGUCUUUCUUAAUUAAUAUUUUAAUCAUACUGCAGGGAAAAAUACGAUAAAGACCUCUUGGAAAUAUUUUGGAAAUAAAAUUGUUAAUCUGGGAAUUUUUUUCUUUCCUAUCAACUGGUGAUGAUGACUUUUGAGGACAGAUGUGAUGGUUAGAUUUCUUUGUUGAUGAAAAGCAUAAAUGUUGUAACUAGUUAAAAUGGAAUGGUAUUGUGUUUGUUUUUUUAUUUUAAGUUUAUCCACAAGGAAUUCCAGGUGUCUUGAAUUUUCAGAAGCAUCAUGAUCAGACCAACCUUUUAUUCUUAGCCAAAAUUUGAGAGAAGUUUUGUGGCCUAAUCCUAGAGCAUAAACACCUAAUUGGUUGCCAUCUCUUCAAGGAGACAUUGUAAGCAGGAAAAAAGAUAGAUAUUUUCUUGCUGGUAUAAAAGAGUAAUGUUCCAAGACGACUCCCAAGAACUGUAUUUCAUGUGUGUAAUUUGGAACUUGGAGGAGAAAGCAAUAUAAUCUAAACUAAAUAUUUCAACAAACAUGCACUCGUAACAAGUUAUGUCCUGUUUACAUUUGAUUUACUGUUCAUGAGCUCCUAAACCUGCAACAUUUAAAAGAUAAGAAUGGGACUUUUUAAAUCUCCGUAUGAAAGGAUCCAAUCCAGUCAAUCUCAAGUGUUAUCAACAGGUAGGUCGAUGCCUAUAUAAUAGCCUGUUUCAAACCCAUUGCCAAGACGUGUUUUAUAACAUUGUAUAUAAUUCUGAGCACACCAACUUCCAAAGGACAUUGGAGAGACUUCAAAGAACAUAAUUUAGGCUUACUCAAGGACCUAAAGUCAUAAUGUCUAAUGAGAAAUUCAGAGAACUGAACUUUUUUUUCAUUAGAGAGAUAAGAAAAUUGAGAGGACAUACAACUUGACAUCUUGAAAUGAAUGUAACUGGAAGCAGGGCUGUGUUGCAAAAUUGAAAGAUGGGAGUACAACGUUCAUAAGUCUUGAACAAAAACUAGAGGUUAGCGAGUUUUCUUUGUUGCAUAGUAGAUAGGCUAACUAAACUCCAGUAAAAGCAGUUUGUGCUCUGUUUAUUAAUUUCUUUAAGAUGAUCAUUAUACUGUGGAAAGCAAUGGUUCAUAUGUCGAUAGGGCCAUACCUGGGUUACCUUUGGAGGAGUUGCAAGAGUGGGUUUUAAGAUUGGACUAAUAUUCCACAGAUAUGCUUGAUUUUCCUUGGUGCUUGGGUCAAAUACCAGAGUGUUAUCCACUUGGAGGUUUCUCCAUUGAUGAUUGGUUGGCUGGGUAGAGUCCAUGAUGGAGCAAAUAUUGUACAUGGUGAUUUUGAUAGCUGAAAAUCUUUUGUGUUAAGAAUUUGGGAAAGUGGUUGGUAUGACUCACCCACUUUAUUAUGUAACUGAAUUAAAGGGAAAAGAUGGAUAAGUUCAUUCCUUCCAGCAACCUUUUGGUUUUUAGUUCUAUUAUAAGCUGUCUGAGCACAUAUCCUGUCAAAUUUCCUUCAUUUUAAAAUGUUUUUAUUAAAGAAUAUGUAGAGUUUCCGAAUAUUUAGUUUCCAAAUCAGAAUGUGAAAUUAAUAUCUUAAUUAUUUGAUCAUUUUGCAAACAAGUUAAAUAAAAAAAUGAAUAUUUGUGAAA